GUCGACCGAGCUACUUUUGCGCUGUAGCAGAUCCAGCGAGCGAAAAUGAGACUACCGGAGCUACAUGCACUAUUAGUAAACGGUUGCGCCAUUUUCUUUACACAGUGAACGAUCUGGUUUAUACCAAAGACUUCAGAACAUUUCUCAUAGUCUGCUAUCAUAAGGUGUCUUUCUUGAUUAUAUCCGCAGUUUACAUCGAUUCUGCAUUUCGCGUCAGUACUUCGCAACUUGUGAUGGAUGACAGUUUGGAUGACAUUUUGACUGACUUAUUUCUGGUGAGAUUGUCAAAAAAGAUUUCGAUUGUGAAUGUCACCGCAGUCGACUUCAGCACAUACCUGGGAUUCACCGCAGCCGAGGGCCAAGCUGCAGCGAUGGGGGCCAUUAACAGUAUGAAUCCAAGUAGCUCAUACAAUACUCUCUUGUCCAAGUUUGUUUUGAGACAUGGACGGAAGAGUGAAAGUGCCCAGAAUCUAAGAAAGAGAUUUCUAAAGAAUGGAUUGGGGGACUAUGCUAAUGACAUCAAAGCAGAAUUAGAGAAGUUUAUAACUCUUGUCCCGUCAGACGCAGAAACCCUCAAUGACUCACCUAUAUCCCUCCCGAGCCCUCCUUGUGGCACACCAGGUGAGGGAGCAGAGGCCGCUGGUGGAACUAAGACUGGUGCAAAGACGAAGUCACCGUGUAAGGUUCCAGCUAACAAGCCUGAUGAGGGUACUGACGAGAAAAUGGAAACAUGAACGUUCAUACUUUUGUAAUUUUUCAUUCACUUUUUUCUUACAUAGUGUAGAUAACUUCAUUCAUAGUAGGAAACUCUCUUUCACUUUCCCUUCCCAAAUCUAACAAUUAAGAAACAAAAAGAUAAUAUGAUGUCGUAAAAUCCAAUCACCUUAGCUAAUAACAAUGCUAUUUUACGUAGUCACACGGUUACAGGGAGAAAUUUUUCUGCGCGAAUUUGUAUUUGUUUGAGGCAAUAACUAUUCAUGCUUGUCAUCUAGAUAUUAGUAAAUAAAUUGUUGGUAUUUUUUUCUGUGCAUAUUCCGUUUUUUCUAUUUAAAAAAAAUCCAUCAAAUGUUGUCGGAUACUCCGUCCUCUCCUCUCGAAGCCUGGGCCGGUAUUCAAUUCAAUACUUAGCAUAAUUAAAUGGCUAAGUUAAGUAAUUUACUUAUCUAGUAUUAAUAAAUGCGCGCUGAUAUAAUUGUGCGCAGGUUAUAAUACUGCGUAAGAAAAUCAAGGCCUCCAAAUAAUUGGCUUAAGUCUGGUAAGGAGUUGACUUAAAUAUAGGGUAAAAUACUUAGCCAAAAGUUUGAAUUAAAUACCAGAAUUGGCUAAGUAUUUUAUCUAAGCCUAAUACUAGAUAAAAAGCUUAAAUUCUGUACUUAAGUAUUGAAUUGAAUACGGGCCCUGGUGUAUAUAUAUGGCAUUUGAAUGUUUUUAGUUCAACGUUUUCCUUUUUAAAAUUAUGUCACAUUUAUUGUUUUCAAUCUGAUAAUGAAGUAGGCCUUUUGAAAAAUUAAAACAAUUAUAUAAAAAAUAAUUUCUCCAUUGCUGCUUAUAAGCAGCAAUGGAGAAAUUAUUUUCAAUCAAAAGUUUUCAUGACUCUAGAACAGUACUGUAAGCUUUGGAUCUGUAGUGCUUUUGCGUUUUAACCACAAUAAUGCACAGAACGUGUGUAAAACAUCUGUGGAUAUUUGUGGAUCAUUAAAUGCUAUCUCCAAAGUGUCUUUUUAUGACCGUGGUCCACACUUUUUGUGUGUGAUUAGACGUAGAGAGCAACCUACAUUGAUGG